AUGUCUGAUCAUACUGGUCGGCCUACUGGCGAGGGCCUGGUCCUUGAGGCAUGGGGCCAGGGCCUGAUGAUUGGCAGCUUGCUCAUCAUGGCGGCUAUCACUCUCUCAAACAUGAAAAAGCACAUUCUUCUACACAAACUCAUCCUCGCAGAAUUAAUCCUCGCCAUGGGUCAUGGUACCUUUAUCUUCCUGCAAGAGCCCGCCUAUGGUUGGUAUCUUUCCGUUACGGCGAUCGGUCUGAACGUAUCCUGGGCAUUGCACAAUGUCAUUGCCUGGAUGAAGAAUAGACCAUUUUUAUCACGCCGGGUUUCGAUGAUUUACAUCGUCACCGUCAUUCUUUGUUGGCCGUAUUGGAUUGUCGAGAUCUAUGCCAAUUUCACUUACUUCAAUAAUAUCAAUAAUUUGUUUCAUACGACUCGUCCGCUUGAGCCGAUCUUCAGGGACCCCUGGUGGGUAUUUACGACUGUCUCCCUGUUCUACACCAUCAAGCGCGAAUACAACUUUGGACUGUGGGAACUCGUCUUCAUUAGUCCCCGCUUUGGAGUUAUGCUCGCCUCGAUGUGUCUCUCUAUCGCAUUUAUCGUGGUAGAUACCUGCAGUGUCCUGAACGCUUUUAGCGAUUCACUACCUCAGGGCAUCGAGCCAUUCUGGAAGCUAUCCUUCAUCUUCAAAUGUCUCUGCGACACAGUCAUCCUCGACGACUUCAAAACAGCACUCGACCGAAUGCGCGCCUACUGGCUCCGAAAACAAGCCAGCGGCGAGAUCCUCCUCACAAAUGCAAAUACCGUUCGCUCACCACACCGUGGCGCCCAACAAAUCGAGGACGUCGAAUCUGCACCUGGUGCUCACCGGAUGGUGCGAAAUAACAAGUCUUUCUCCAUGCCUCGAGUUGUGCUCAAGGACGACGUAUAA